GCCAUUUCUCUCUCUUACUUCUACCCUUCUGGCUUCUACUUCGCUGAUACACUCUCCCUUCACUCCUAAAAAACGAUGUCGUAUAUCCCUCCUCACCUGAGAAACUCAAGCUCAACCACUACCGUUACUACUCGCAGAACUCAGUCACCGCCUUUAACAGACACUAAUCUCUCCCAUUCCUCUUCAAAUUCCACCUCCUCCGCCCCUUCUUCUUUCUCCACAUUCAACUCUCUCUCCUUACGGACCUCCGCCUCCGUCGCGCGAACCAUCUCAGUUCCUCAACCUGUUUUUCCUCAGUGGACGCCCUCCGACCGCGUCCUUCGCUUCACUCCAGAUCAGAUUGAAGAAAUUCGUUCUCAGCUCAAAAUAAAUGUCAGUGUUGCUUCGGGUUCACCUCCUGCACCUGCGCCUAUUGAAUCAUUUGAAGAUAUGUGUUUGCAUCAAAGUAUCAUGAAGGAUAUUGCGCAUCAUGAGUAUACGCGACCGACUUUGAUUCAGGCUCAGGCAAUGACAGUUGCGCUUAGUGGAAGGGAUUUGUUGGGUUGUGCUGAAACUGGUAGUGGAAAAACUGCAGCAUUUACCAUUCCUAUGAUACAGCAUUGCUUGGCUCAACCUCCUGUUCAGCGUGGUGAUGGACCAUUGGCGAUGGUGUUGGCUCCUACCAGAGAACUUGCUCAGCAAAUUGAAAAAGAGGUUAAACGUUUUAGUAGAUCUCUUGAGUCCUUCAGAACUGCCAUCGUGGUGGGUGGAACAAAGUCUGCUGACCAGGGAUCAGAGCUACGAGCGGGAGUGGAUGUAAUUGUUGCUACUCCUGGAAGAUUAAUUGAUCAUUUACAACAAGGAAACACUUCCCUUUCCAGAAUUUCAUUUAUCGUUCUGGAUGAAGCUGAUAGAAUGCUUGACAUGGGCUUUGAACCACAGAUUAGAGAGGUUAUGCACAACCUUCCAGAGAAGCAUCAAACUUUGCUGUUCAGUGCAACUAUGCCUGUGGAAAUUGAAACACUAGCACAGGAGUACUUAAUUAGCCCUGUUCAAGUCAAGGUAGGAAAAGUGAGUAGCCCUACUGCAAAUGUGUCUCAAAUUCUGACAAAGGUUUCUGCAAGUGAGAAGAUUGAUUGCCUUCUAGCUCUGCUUGUGGAGGACGCAUCUCAGGCUGAGAAAUCCAACCAAUCCUUUCCAUUGACUAUUGUGUUUGUGGAGAGGAAGACAAGGUGCAAUGAAGUUGCUGAAGCUUUGGUAGCACAAGGUUUACAGGCAGUUGCUCUUCAUGGAGGCCGCAGUCAGAGUGAAAGAGAAGCUGCUUUGCAUGAUUUUAGGAGUGGAUCUACAAAUAUUUUGGUUGCCACUGAUGUUGCAUCUCGUGGAUUGGAUGUAACUGGAGUUGCUCAUGUGAUUAAUCUGGAUCUCCCAAAGACAAUGGAAGAUUAUGUGCAUCGUAUUGGAAGGACAGGCCGUGCAGGGUCAACUGGCCAAGCUACUUCAUUUUACACUGAUCGAGAUCUGUUCCUUGUGGCACAAAUAAAGAAAGCAAUAGCAGAUGUCGAAUCGGGGAACACAGUUGCUUUUGCAACUGGCAAGGCUGCAAGAAGGAAGGAAAGAGAAGCAGCUGCUUCACAAAAGGAAGCUAGGAAUGCUCUGUCCAAGGUGAUGGGAUCCACAUGUAUAAACAUUGAGGAUAAGUAUAGGUUCAUGAUAGCCCCUUCAGUCAUCACAAGUGAGGGUGCAGCUGACAGUGCCUGGGAUGAUUAGUUGAGGAUCUAUUCAGUGCCUUUUUAAGGAGCAUUGAUGAUCCAUGCUCAAGAUUCAAGGUGUGCACUUCCUGAUUUAGGCUUGGAAGUGAGAGACGUGGAGUUGCGCGUGGCCUGUUCCCUCUCCAAAUAUCAUUAAGGCCAAAUCUCAUUGUGCCUUGACGCAAGCAGCUGUAGAGGACAGGUAGAGUGAUCCUAAAACAGCAAGUAGCAUUGCAUAUAGAUUGUGCAUAUUGUAUGUAUUCAGAAUGCUCUAUUGAAUUGUGAUGUGAUGUUUCAAUGGUUACUUAAUUACCCCUAAUCAAUCUGAUUCAAUGUUUAUAUUGAACGGAUGCAAAUGCGAUUGCAUGUUCUGAUAUAUUAUAUUUUUAUAUUUGGUUAUGUAAUUUUUAAGAUUAUAAUGCAACGAAGGAUUGUAAUUGUAAUGA